UGCGGGCAAGGCGUGGGCUGGCUCUCGGAGGGAGAAAGGGGCUUCGACUUUCCCUUCGAUCCGCCUUGAGAUGUUCGCCCUCUUCCUGCUCUCUCUCCUUUGCCCGGCCUUGGCAUCAUCAUCAUCAUCAUCCGCUGCCAAAUUGAUCAAGACUUCCAUCCAUCGCUGCUUUAUUGCCUACUGAAGUUCUUGCAGAAAGGACGAAUCGGGGACCAUUUAAGAGUAGAGAUGAUCUUCAAGAAAUUACCACUCGAGGCAAAGGUUGCUGGUGUUGCUGUAUUUGCCUUCUUCUCCAUGGUCAUUUCACGGACAUACCUGACUGGAAGGAUGGAGGCAAAGGGACUGAAGUGGCUGAUCAGACUCCAGAUGUUAUUAUUUAGUAAUGCCCUGAUGUUCAUAGGAUCCCUUCACAUAUGGAGAAGCCUGGUGACUGUUUUCCACAGAUCGUCAGCCACCAACUCAUUCUGUUUCAUCUUAUGGAAAAUAGUUGUGAUGAUCUUCCUGAUUUUGUCACACUCAAGUUUUUUUACAUUUCUCUUUCUCAUUGCGGAGGAGCCUUAUUUACUUUCCUUAGUUGCUUUCACCUGUCUUGAGAGCUACCUCAUCCUCAUUUUCUUCCUGUUCAGCCUAGGGUCUCUGGAACAGGUUUAUAAACUCGUGGUCCAAAGAAAUACAAAGAUGGCUAUUAAAAAUGGCAAAUUGGCAAUGAAGCCAGUUCUGUCAGUUAUGAUAACAGUUGCAUUGACUUUCCUUGGGCUUCUCAAUGCUUCACAACCUCCUGCAGUUAAGUCAGUAGCCAUUCCUGUUCACAAACUGCCAUUGUCUAUGGACAACCUGAAGAUAGUACUACUUUCUGAUAUCCAUCUAGGCCCCACUGUUGGGAAGACCAAACUUGAAAUGAUUGUAACGAUGGUUAAAGCUUUAAAACCAGACAUCACUGUCAUUGUUGGUGACCUAACUGAUUCUGAGGUGAAACGACUUGGAACUGCUGUGGAACCACUUGGCAAGCUUGAUUCCCCACUGGGAACUUACUUUGUCACUGGAAACCAUGAAUACUACACCUGUGAUGUCAACAGUUGGUUUGAAUUGCUGAAGUCAUUCCAGAUUCGUCCCCUCCACAAUGAGAACAUCAAAAUAAUGUCCCCGAAAGGUAGAGAUACUGACUGGUUUUGUCUAGCAGGGGUUGAUGACCUAGAGGCUAAUGUAUUGCGCUAUCCUGGACAUGGGAUGAACUUAGAGAAGGCUUUAGGAGGCUGUGACACUGAUCAUGCCAUAGUUCUUUUGGCCCACCAGCCGCAUGCUGCCAAAUGGGCUCUCCAAGCACAUCCAGAUAUUAAUGUGAUCUUAUCUGGGCACACUCAUGGAGGGCAGAUAUUUCCUCUGAACAUUGGUGUCUAUUUCAUUAAUCCCUUCUUUGUUGGUUUGUAUAAAGUUGGACAGAGCUCUUUUGUAUAUGUCAGCCCAGGGACCAUGUACUUUGGAGUACCAAUGAGAUUGGGAAGUAGAGCAGAAAUAACAGAGGUAAUUUUGCAUUCUUUCUCAUCAGUGUAACAGCUUUGGAAUAUGCUCCUCUUCUUGGGCUGAAAGUCAGAUUCCAAAGAUUGAUCGUGAAGAUUCCUGAACAAGUAUUUAGAUCGACAGAUCAUUGUGUUUUUUCUUAUUCUUAAAAUCAUAAUUAUUUCUCUUACCAAAUUCUUAUCUAUGAGAUGUACAGAAUUACUGUGAUGAUUGGUUUAAUUUAUUUGGGGUAUGCCACUUCUGAACUACCAAAGCUAAACAUUGAUGUACUGCAGCAUAUUAAUAGUUGUUUUUCUGUCCUCUGAAAAUAAUGAAACAGUACAUACGUUCUCCGUAAGUAUCUCAUUUCCCCCCAGCUUCAGGUAAACUAUCUAUCCUUCUCCUAAUACUGGAAGUGGUCAACAUUAAUUUUGUCUGAAUCUGAACAACUUUUGAAAUGAUUUCAUUUUGUGGGGUCAUUCAACCUGUUUUAAUAAUAUCUGUGUGAAGUCAACUCUGUGUCAUGAGACUGCUGGUUCUGUUUCAAGUACUUCACUUGAAGUUCAUACUUAAAAGAGGGAAGAACAGCUUUUGACUCUGAUCCAAUUAAAGUUAGCCACUCUUAAGUCUCAAUGCACUUAGUGAAACAACUUAAUCUUGUAACUAGAGCUGUAUCGAUUUGAGUAGGAUUUAACAAGCCGUCUUGUUUAGCUUCAACAUUAAAGUAAUAUGAUAUUUAAACUUGUCUCAUUACUAGUCACUGGCUUGAAUGUAACCCUUCUAUUUGUAUAUCUUGUGCCACGCCUAUGGGAGAACCCUGUCUUAUUUGUUUCUUGCGUUUUCAACAGUGUGUAGUUAAUAACUUCCUCUUUUAUCUGUUUGGCAUUGAAGAGAAAUGUGAUUCAUACUCAAUCCUAAGCAUUCUUGCUCAGAAUUAUCUCCCACUAUAUGCACUUGAACUCCAGGUAAGUCUGCAUAGGAUUGUAGUAGUCCAGUUUUGAUUACUAGCAUAUUUUAGGCACUUUAAUGGAAUAAAUAUGGGAUAAAACCUCUUUCUCUUCCUCCCAACACCCAGAAGGUUGAAGAAAUCCCCAUUUUGACGAUCUGUAUAUAUUUUUAUCUGCAGCAUUUAUUUAUUUAUUUAAAAUCAAUCAUUCUAUAAGUGUUAUGUACACAUGAGAAAUGGUUAAUUUUAUAUUUCUGUGCCACCAUUUAGUGUGGUUGAAUAAAACCCUUUCUCUCAGCUAGAGGAAAUCUGCUUUUAUAAGCUCCCACCUUCAGUCAAAAUGUCAGGUAAGAUAGAUUUAUAGAUACAAAAUCUGGGGGCCCUUCAUGCUGCACAAUUAUUGCACUAUAAUUCCAGUUUAAACACCACAGCUACAUUCUGUAGUUUGCUAAAAACACUUAACUGCUAUCUCUGUUUUCCCAUAUUAUUUUUUCCGUUGCUGGUACCACAUUUACCGAUAAUGGGUUAUCCCCAGGAGUACAUUAGCAUCAUUAAGCGAGAUAUACCUGUAACAUUAUUACAAUAGUUGGGUGCCGGCUAUCUUGUAUAGUACAUAAGUUCUCUUAGCAGGAAUCAGUGCUCUUCACAGAAUGAGAUGACUAUUCCUAAGUAUUCAUGCUAGCAACUUUGUCUCAACCCUCAGGGAUUCAUGGAACUUGUAAGGGUUACCGUAUUGAGACUUUGGAGUAAUUUUAUUAACUACCUGUGAUUUUAAUGGAUCCAGAUCAAAAUUGAUCUGUAUUGGUGGUAGUUUCAAAAACAGUUCGCCAGAUCAGUCUCCUGCCACAAAACCAUCUCAAAAGACAUUAUAGUGUGGCUAGAACUCUGAAGAUCAUAAGAUCUUUGCUUCAUGAUUUUGGGCUCUCUGGGAACACAGUACUACAGUCCUAGGUUCUAUAUUUUCCUGAACAGCAGAUAGCAGCCUUUCUUGUUUUAGAAAUAGCUGGAUGGAGUGUAUUGUCGGGACUUAGUUUACAAAAUCGUGUGUGCAUGUCUUUACGACUGGAAGUUAAUAUAAAAAGCAGGACUAUACACAACUGCCUUCACUAACAGUGUAACACAGAAUAAUAUCUGAUUUCAAGAAUGUAGAACAUUACUGUGUAUUCCCAAGAUUGUCCUGGCCACUGAGGAAUGAUAGUGAGCCCAAGCAACUCCUUCAAGUUUCUACUCCACUUGCCAAUAAAUCCUGAAACUGAAAGCAUUGCCUUCUGUCCCUCCUACAAGUCCUGUUGCACAGAGAUCAUCUGGAUUUGCCUGUAAAUACAGGCAGACACUUAAGUUACGGACAAGAUAGGGUCUCUAGGUUUGUUCUUCAGCUGAAUUUCGAUGUAUGUUGGAACAGGUACAUUUUUAAUUGUAACUCCCAUCAAAUAUAUAUGCAUAGACAUAUACAUAUAACAUUGACUUAUUGUGGAGACAAAGAUCCUGUGAGAAAGCUUCCGUGGAGACACCUUUCCCCCAUGAUAACUCUUUCAGGAGUGAUUUUCUCUCAUUUUCUGUUGUCCCAUCUCCAUUCUUAACUAUGAGCUGUAUGUAUGUUGAAUGUCUAUAACUAGGAAGACUGCUUGUACAGUACAGCUCCCAUAUAUGUAGGAAUACGCGAAAUCAUGGUUAAUUAUAAACCCUGUUGAAAUGAAGGACAACUAGCCCAGUUAUACAACUGAGUUAUGCUUGGGGGGUGGGGGGUGGACUAUAAAAUGCCUGGAGAGAACAUAUUCUGUCAAGAUAAAUGAAAUUGCAGAAACUGGUCCUGAAGAUACGGAGGCUGUACUUUUUAUAACAGAAAAGGGCUGAAUAUAGAUUAGAAUUUGACAAAUACCAAAAACAAUUACAAUACAAACUCAGGGUGGAAUUGCGACUAAAGAAUUGUCUAGACAGGAAUUAAUGUGCAGGAUUAGAGAAAUAUUAGAGGACCAUGAAAAAGUACAAGGAAAUAUUCUAUUUUCUCCACAGUUGGGAAGUCUCAUGCACAUAUGACAAUAGGGCAUUAGAAGUUCUCAACAAGCAGACAUUAAAAGCAAGACCUAUAAAUUACUCCAGUUAAAGGGAUAUUGUCUAAUUCUUGGAGAGUUAAUAGUGGCCCUUAGUAUAAAACACUUUGUUUCCCCCCUUACUUUCUGCAAGACUUAAAAUUGACCCAGAAAACAAUAAAAAAUAAAUUGAACUGUGGAGCAAAAACAUUUUACGAUAAAGGAAGAAAGGGAUUUAGCAAAUUAUGGUAAUAUGAUAACAGAUAUGUAUUAUUUCCUCUCUGUUAUACCUGUUGUGCCAAUUCUUGUAUUUUAAAUAAGUUUCAUGAAUUCUGUUUUUUUAUUUCUGUAUUUAAACUGUAUUGAUGCAUUAAAGAGUAAAAAAGUUAAUAAAAUAAUCUAAAAAUUAAUCCUCAAAAAGGCUAUUGGGGUUUUUUUGGUAUUAAAUGACAGUUCUGGCUAUGUUCAUCUGUUAAAACAACAUAUGAGUAUUAGUAUAACAGAGAGGCCUAGUGUUCUCCUUGGAUCAUUAUAUGGUGGGAGGAGAUUACUUUAGAUGACGUGUUCUGGAUUCAGAAUAGGUUGAGUAAUGUGCCCUAUGAACUCGCCAGGUUGUAUUAUCGCAGGUAUAUUAUCUCUGAAGGUGAAACUGUGUUUGCUUACUCUUACUUCCCCACCAACACCUGCAGCUCAAAACUCAAAAGACAGUUUCCCCCGGAGUGUGUGUAUAAUUCUCUCUCACACACACAUACACACGUACACUAAGUUUAGUUGUCUUGCAACCAUUGUGUCAUUCAUUUAAUGCUGAUUUAUUUCCAUUUUGCGAGUUCUUCUCCCUUUAGAGUUGCUUCUCCAUUUGUUUGUAGACUCUUGCACCCCUAAUGACUGCAUGACAAGCAGAAAUUAAAGUGUUUCACUUUGCUUCUAUUCCAGCCUUUCACUGACAAAUGAAAGGAAUCCAGGGAUUUAACAUAUUGCUUAAGUUUUGCCUUAAGGUUAUCAAUGAUCAUGAACAUCAUUAGUUAACAUUCCAUUUCACCUUUUUUUUCCGUGUCAGGAGUAACCGGAGUUGCUUCUGGAGUGAGAGAAUUGGCCGUCUGCAAGGACGUUGCCCAGGGGACCCCCGGAUGUUUUGAUGUUUUACCAUCCUUGUGGGAGGCUUCUCUCAUGUCCCCGCAUGGAGCUGGAGCUGAUAGAGGGAGCUCAUCCACACUCUUCCCGGGUGGGAUUCGAACCUGGCAGCUUUCAGGUCAGCAACCCAACUUUCAAGUCAUGAGGCUUUUAUCCCCUAGGCCAUCGGAGACUUAAAAUGAGACUGUUCUAAAUCAAGGAUAGAGAACGCAGCCCUCCAAAUACCUUUUAGACUACAACUCGUAACACCCCUUGCCAGCAAAUCAGUAGUGAGAGAUAAUGGGAACUGUGGUCCCACAACAUCUGGUGGGAUUCAUGUUCCACAGUUCUCUGCAGUUUUUUGUGUAAUCCCUAUGGCACAAUGGCACAAUGGAUGGAGAAACCUUAAAGAAGGGACUGUGCUUUUUGACUAAGUUUGGAAGAAGAGGAAGAGCUGGAGUUGCCAUCCACAGGGCUGAGAAGUAGACCUUUUUUAAUGAAACAGUGGUAUUUUCAAUUAUAUAUUUAGGAGGGAAAGAUCCCAGCCUGGCAUAUGACUCCGGAGAACAGGGCAAAAAUCCCUGCUUGGGAAAACCCACUGGGUGAACUUAGGCAAGCCACACACUCUUAACCUCAGAAAAACCUGUGAUAGAUUCACCUUAGAGUCACCAUAACGUGGACAGAACUUGAAGCCACAUAACAAAAAAAUUAGGAGGGUAUGUCUUUGUCGUGUCAUUUCUAUAAUACAUGUGCUUCUAGUUGGUAUUAUUUUAUUUAGGGCCUUAAGAUUUGCACCCAAAUGUUGCAAUACAACCACGCAGCAUAGGGAAAUGAGUUCUGUUGUCAAACUCUUUAGUGAUAUCUCAUUGGAUUCUUGGAAUAUUGCGGACAAUACAAAGGUGUCUAAUUUACACAACCCCUCAUUAUUAAUUGUUUCACUUACUUCAAGCUACACCUUCUCUGUAUCCCAUCAUUUACCCCACUGAAAAGUGUAGAGUCUGUUAUUAUCUAGAAGCAGAUCAAGAGAUGUCAUGAGGAUACAGCAGUAAGUAGACACAUUAGGGAGUUUUCUAGAUCCUUGGGAAACUUGUCAUUCAGCUGUAAACUCAACCUGCACCUUUCUCGUUAUUUUUACUUUUCACUCAUUAAACCAGAUGAAAAGAUAGCCACUACUUUUCCAAUCCAUAGGUGACAUGUUCCCCAUAGCUAAAGGGAGAUGUCAAAAAUGGAGAGGAAGGAAGUAGCAUAAAAAAGCUGCUAAUGUCAUCUCUGGCACCAGCUGUUCCUUUGCCUUGUACUCUUCAGUCGCUCACCCCAUUUGCACACUAUCUUUGUGCUCCUCCUUUCCUUGGUGCUCUUGGUUUGAAUAAACUAUUGGGGCCUUAAUGUUGGAUGAGCACAUAUUUAUAGGUUUUCCUGCUUCACCAGGCCUCUUUGUUCUAUAUUCCAUGGGAAUCGUCCCAUGUCUUAAUUAUUUGCUGAAUCAUUUGUAAUAAACUUUGUCAAAUUCAAAUUUAAUCCUGACUCUGCUCAUUUUGCCUUAAUCUACUCACCACAAAUUCAUUGGUCAUUAUGCCUUUAGGGCAAGAAUUGAUUGAUGUUUUAUUGAUGACGCAAUGUCAUCAGCCCACAAGUUCCAUUAAACUUGUCCAAAUGUUGCAUUAAAAAGAAAAGAGUGGCUUAUCCUUGUGACCAUCAUAUUUUAUUCCUUUAACAUAAGAAUUAAACAACAUCAGAACAAGGAAGAGUACAAGCAGAAUGGAUGCAUAUUAACUACAAAUAUAUUCCAUUAGUACAGUGUCUGCACGAUUGUAUGCAUGACUUGUUUGUAAUUGAGCUAAGGAAUGUGUGGCCCUCUAGUUGAUAUUGGACUACAAUUGUCAUCCUGCACAAUUGGCUAUGCUGGCCAGCACGGAUGACCAAGUCCAACAUGUUCUCCAGUCUUGAUUUAGAGAACUGAAGCUUUGGUCCAAAUCUGAAGUGACCUCAACUAUGAGAGUAAUUCAAUCUACCUCUGCUGUUUCAAGAAUAAGGAGGGAAAUCCAUAUUUGCAUAUGAGUUGUGCUUCAGGUAAAACACAUGAGAUCCCUGAUUGCCUAGACCAAAAUCCACUGCAUUAUAUAUUGAGCAUUACCUUUCAUGGAAGAAGAAUGGUUUACAGAUCAAAUUCAAAUAUACAUGUAGAAGUAGAGGAUGGAUAGGUUCCUUUGCCGUGUUUUGGAGAAGUGUAAUGUUGCUGUGUAGGUGAGAACUUGAUAGAAAGCAACUGUCAAGGAACUAGUAGCACUUGCUUUGCCAUGUUGGGAUAGAUUCGGUUUUCUGUUCUAAAAUAAUGGUACUGCCUCCCCUGGAGAGAGAAUGUGGACCACAAAUUAACUCAGGGGGAAAUAUUGAUGGAUGUUUACUAUUAUGGUAUUUUAGCACAACUACUUUGAUUAACCCCUGUUAGAGCUACAGUGCUUUUAGACAAAGGGCUUCUAGAGUCUGUACAUUUACUCCACAAUCCAUUCCCACUUUUUCUGGUAAGAAAAGAAUGAAAAGAGCAUUGGAAGAUCACAGAUGGGCUAGAGACUGAAGGCAUUGAUGAGAAAGAUUCACACAAAGCUUUUGUGCCAUUGUUUUUGCUUUUUUCAGUCGCUGGAUUUUUAGGAGAGCUUCACAAGGCGUCAUUCUCUACUUGUAAUUCUCCUAUGUUUCUAUAUUGCUUCCUCAAUCAGUUCCUUACCAUGGAAAAUCCACUAAAGGAGUAAUAGCUCACUGUCCUCUGGUUUUUACUGUGGAGAACCUUCCUUCUGGAAACAUCAGAUACCUCUCCCCUACUGUAUUCCAUGAAUAUGGCAAUGUAAUCACACAAUAAAAAUUUCAUGUGAAAAUAAUGUGAGCUUUUAAUGCCAAAUACACUUAUUGGGGAAGACGCUAAUUCAACACAAUUGCUUCUGAUUUAAAAAAGUAUAAGUUGGCUUUGGACUGUUUUAGGAUUGUGAAGGUGCUAUAUUAAUGGAGUUUUGUAUAAAAAAACAAGGUGAUUUCUAUUAUAAAGUUCUAUUACUAAUAACAUUACUAAUAACUUAACUAAUAACUAAUAAUAACUAAUAACCAUUACUAAUAACUGUUGCUGCUGCUGCUCAGUCGUUUAGUUGUCUCCAACUCUUUGUGACCUCAUGGACCAGUCCAUGCCAGAGCUCCCUGUCGGCCGUCACCGCCCCCAGUUCCUUCAAGGUCAAGCCAGUCACUUCAAGGAUACCAUCCAUCCAUCUUACCCUUGGUCGGCCUCUCUUCCUUUUUCCUUCCAUUUUCCCCAGCAUCGUGAUCUUUUCCAAGCUUUCCUGUCUCCUCAUGAUGUGGCCAAAAUACUUUAGCUUUGCCUCUAAUAUCCUUCCCUCCAGUGAGCAGCCAGGCAUUAUUUCCUGGAGAAUGGACUGGUUGGAUCUUCUUACGGUCCAAGACGCUCUCAGGAUUUUCCUCCAGCACCAGAGUUCAAAAGCGUCUAUCUUCCUUCACUCAGCCUUCCUUAUGGUCCAGCUCUUGCAUCCAUAGGUUACUAAUAACUAAUAACUGUUACCAACUAAACAACAAACCAAACCAAACAGUAGUAUCUUGCAUUGUUUUAGGAUUGUUUUUAAAUCUGUUCAUCAUAUUUGGUCACAGCUUGUAAUAUAGCAGCUAUUAAGUUUUGCGGGUUUUGUUUUUUAACUGUUUGAAUUCCUCUGAUCAGUCAUUCAGAACUGUUAUUAAACCUGUUUGCAAUCUCUGUUGGAGUCAUUUUUAUAUAUUUGCUCUAGAUGUCUAAUAAAGAACGCAUAAAGGCAGUUUUUAUUACCAGGACAUAUUACUGUUCUUUGAAAGUAUCUUGCUGUAUGUUAUAACCACACUUUUAGCUUUACAAUAAAGAACUGAGAGGUGCUCUGUCAGCAAUACCAAAGAUGUUAUGUGUAAGUACUGUACCCUACCAGCUUGAAGUUGCAGUUGCUUGUAAACAUUAUUAUAAUUGUGUAAUCUGUAACACACAAAACAACAUUGUAAUUUUGACACUAGAACUAAUCCAGUGUAAUGCUAUAAGAAUUCUUUUAUAAGCAUUUGUUUUUAUGGCGUAAUGUAGACGCUAGGAGUACUUUGUCAUUAAAUGUUUGGAA